CCUAGUCCUCGUGUUUCUCCUCCACAUCAGUUCUAUCUUUCUUCAACUCCACGGCUCUCAGCUCAGCAUGAGGUUCUUCGUGGACCCUCGUUGACGUCUGCGUCGCAACCCCAAUUCUCGCAAACUGGAUUCCAAUCGUCCGCUUUUGACGGACUCGAGCGGCCGCGGGGGGAUCAUGAACAACCGGACGAGCGCAUUCUCAAGCUCGGGAAAACGCUUCGAAUCCUCUCACCUUUCCUCCCAAACAUCCUCACCAAUCCUCUGCCACCUAAGAUACUCUCCCCGAGCAUAACCUUGCAUCUCUUUCCGUCGACGCACCCUCAUCUCCCCACUGUUAAAGGGCGAACCCUCUACCGAGCCGCACUGUGGACUGUGCCCGUUGCCUGGAGCAGCCUGCCCCUCCUCGGCAACGUCAAACUCAAGAUCAUUAGCGAGCGCAUCGUCCGCGCCGGCACGGUGCUGGACCCGGCCCGCUAUGCCAGCGGGGAGCAACCAGACGACAGCGACGAGCGCCUAGUCGUGCGGUGGCGGACCGAACCGCGCAGCGAAAAUCAUCAUCACGGGCAGCAACAGCAACCCUCCUUCACCUCCAACCCGCGUUCCACCACCACCACCGCCUCCUCCUCCGCUUCCUCGUCGCCGGCCUCGGGGUCCAGCCCUUCGCAAACCGGAACCAACAAGGGCCUCAGCGUGCUGCUGGGCGGGGAUGCGCCGAUCUUCAAACUCUCCAAGGAGGAACAGUUCACGGGGCUGUUCAUCUUCUCGUUCGACGAAGAGGGUCGCAUUGCGUCGCAUACGAUUGAACACGCCGAUGAUGCAUGUGGAUGGGAACGGACCCCGAAAUUCGUCACGUUGGCCGACUGGUUGAUUGGGAAGGCCAGGGAGUCGCUGGACCCCUCGCCGGCGGAGCCGGGCCUGGCCUUCCAGGACUACCACUCGACUCCAAGGGACAGCUUCUUCGCGCGCGCGAGGGGCUUCCAU